UAGGAAAGAUUCCUUUGGUCGAAGUCAAUCAGAUUGGAUCGCUAACAUGGCAAGCAAUUAACCACUCGAUCGCUUUUCAAGGAUGCGAUCCGUGUUAAUCAUUUUUUAGAGACGCAAUUAGCUAUUACCAAUGACGUUGAACGCUAACGUGGGAUGCGAUUUUGGAAAGGGGAGGAGCGAAUAGCUGAGGUGGAAAGUGAUCAAUCGUUGAUCGCUUUCGAAGGCCUCGAUCCAGGCGCGAUCUCUCCUACACUCCAGACGCACAUCACAUGUGACAAACACGAUCUUGGCUCCCCUUCAGUCUAUAAAUAGACACCCUUCCUCAUUUCAUUCACACCACCACCACAAUCUUCCUCACCUCGCCACUCAAGGAAUACCUGUAUGCUCUGUGACUGUGGAUCUUCCACAUCUGAUCAUGUUUCCUUGAGUUCUCAAAAAACUUUGUCCCGCUAAAAACCCGGCUGAACCUCCGUCCCGCUUCUGCCAAAAAUGGGCGAAGAGACUCAUAGAUACGUCAUAUAUUUUAUAUUUCUUUGUUAUUUAUCAAGGUGAAUCAUGACCGAAGCUAUAAGACCACUGUCUUAGUAAAAUAACCAUGAUUAAAGGUUUGUUUUUUGAAUACUUAUGAUUUUUGCCCAAAAUACUAAAAAAAAGUUUUCAUUGUAUUUGAACAUAUUGUAUUUUCAUGAUUUGCUUACAAUCAAUAAUUUUAUAUGAUUGUAUUGAAAUGAUUGAUGGCGACGGAUAUUUACGAUCCUAGAUUGUAUGACCAACCUAGCCUGAGGGAUGCACAAUAUUUAAUCGAGCAAAGCAAAUCAUUGAUCCCAUGCGAUUUAGAACCACAAUCCGGUAGGCACGCCCUACCUUUAAAAUCCUAGAGGGACCAGGUGCUUGCCCCCAUUUCACGGUCGACUCUCGCCCUAUCUAGAAAGGGCGGGGGUUGGAAACGUCGUGAAGAUGGAGAUUGACAACGAACUAUUCACAACUAUGUCAAAGAGGUGGCUUUCCGAGACAUAUACCUUCCACUUUCCCGAGGGGGAAAUGACAAUCACACUGCGAGAUGUCGCCAUCCUCAUUGAGUCGCUGAUCAUUGGGGGCCACUGAUUUUUUAGCGUUUGGGAUUCAACAUGCCGACAAAAAUAGAGGGACAUCGUCAACCGCCAUUUCACGUGGGUCAAGUAUCAAUCCUGUGGCUCGUUGAUCAUAUAACGGAGGAGGUGAUCAAUUGGAUGCAUUCACCAGAGAAGAUCAAGUGGAGCGGUAUGCCUGCGUUUAUCUCAUCACCUUGGUUGGUGGAGUGUUGUUUCCGAACAAGGCGAAUAGGUGGAUAAAUUUCAUGUGGCUACCAUUGCUCCUUGGUGAUUGGGACGUGAUCGGGGCAAAGAGUUGGGGAUCGACUAUUUAGCUACAAUGUAUCGGGAGCUAUGUGGAUGUUCGAGGCUGGGUACAAAGCAAGCCAGUGGUGUUAUGUUCUUUUGACAAACCACUCGUUGGCCCUCUAGUAGGUCAACUCCACUAUUGUUGAAAUAGGCAUUGCUUGAAGGCCUUCGUACACUCCAUCUAUAUUUUCACCAUGGUUAGUAGUGGAGCUCCCAAACCUAACUCCAUCAUCUAUAUGAAAGGUCCACAUGUGCAGACCCUGCUGCUCAGCCCAUGUUGCCCCCUCCUGGUUUAUAUGUCACAUAAUCUUCAUCUUCUUUUCAUAUUUUUUGGGUUGGUUAGAAAUCGCUUCAAGAUGGAAAAAAAUAUAAAUUAUUUAAUAUAGGAUAAAAUCUAGGCACAAAAAUAGGAACAUGAUACCAAAAAAAUAUACGUUCAUGCCACAAAGAAUUUUUGACGAUCUUCGUGUCAUAUUUGUGUUGUAAUUGGCUAGAAAAUGGCGAAUGCACCAAUGCCACGUCCACCCCCAUUCAUUAGGAAAGUCAUACACGACAUGUCUAAUCCCAACGUGCCGGUCGAAAAUGAUCGUGAUGCCCUGUUGUUGUGUGACGUUGUCAUAUAGUUACUCAAAAAAACCAAGCCCAACUUAAAUUAUUCUCCCCCUAAACUAGAGCAAAUGCAAAUGGAAAAAUCUACAUAUUCUCAUCAACACCAGUGGAAAUAAGAAGGGUUCCCUUGUACUUUCCAGAAAGGAAGGUGUCAUCUAAUUGGAUCGCUGGAAGGCAGAAAUCGAACCCAUCAAUGCAUGGCCUGAAUGACCAAUAUAAGUAGUGAAAAUAAGCUCAUUUUAGACCCGAACUCGGUCCAUGGUUUCUACAUUGUUGAACUACGACAUAAAAACAGUACCAGGGUUAGACUCCUUCAUCAAUCUAGGAAGGAUAGUGUAUGAGUCGUCUCAGUCGCCAUACAUGUCAGCCAUGUCAUUUUGUUUUUCAUGUCAUGCCUUCUUGUACCUAAUUGUGUAUGAAUGAAGAUCUUUCACCUCAGCCACGAUAACUUUGAUGGUGAUAUCUGGUUGUGCCUCGAUUAAGUGCUUAAUAGUGGCACUCAAUUUCUACGCCUUGAAGACCUUGAAUGAUGCCCAGGAGAACUACACCACCACGGAGAAAGAGCUGCUCGCGGUGGUGUUUGCCUUCUAUAAAUUUCGUCCUUAUCUGGUCUUGUCCCAUGUGACUGUGUAUACUGAUCACUCCGCGAUUUGAUACUUGAUGAGCAAGGCUGAUGCCAAGCCUAGGCUCAUACGAUGGAUCUUAGUGCUGCAGGAGUUUGACAUUGAGAUUCGGGACAAGAAGGGAGCGGAGAAUGUUGUUGCCGAUCACCUCUCCCGGUUAGACGCACCCCCUGUGGACAACCUCGAGGAGGAGAUCAAUGACUCCUUUCCAGAUGAGAGACUGAUGAUGAUGUGCCUGGUGGAGAGUGUCACCCCCUGGUAUUCUGAUUUUUCAAAUUAUCUUGUGGGCCAGCAGCUGCCCAAGGGGAUGACAACUCACGCCAAGAGGAAGUUCUUCUCCGACCUGAAGUACUACUUCUGGGAUGACCCUCAUCUCUUCAGGAUCGGAGCCGACGGGAUCAUCCGUCGAUGUGUUAUGGAGAGUGAGAUGGAGGGCAUUCUAUCUCACUGUCAUGAAGGACCUGUUGGCGGUCACCACGGAGGAAACCGCACGGCGAGGAAGGUGCUCCAGUCGGGCUUCUACUGGCCCACGCUCUUCAAGGACGCAGACGCCUUCGCACGCAGGUGCGACCGAUGCCAGAGGUCAGGUAACAUCUCUGCCCGUGAUGAGAUGCCCCAGAAUGUGUUUAUUACUUGUGAGAUUUUUGAUGUCUGGGGUUUCGACUUCAUGGGCCCCUUCCCUCCAUCCUUUGGUAAUACAUAUAUCCUUGUCGCUGUUGACUACGUCUCUAGGUGGGCUGAGGCGCAAGCUUUGCCCACCAAUGAUGCUAGACGUGUUUGUGGUUUUCUGAAGCAGCUAUUCUCCCGGUUCGGGACACCUAGAGCCAUCAUAAGCGACCGAGGCACCCAUUUCCAGGGUCAGUUAGAUAAAUUGUUGUCUCGCUAUGGUGUAACUCAUAAGGUGUCCGUGGCCUACCAUCCUCAAACCAGUGGCCAGGCCGAGCUGACGAACCGGGAGCUCAAGCGGAUCUUGGAGAAGACGGUGAACCUAUCCCGCAAGGAUUGGUCCACCAAGCUCGAUGAUGCUCUGUGGGCAUAUCGCACUGCCUACAAGACGCCCAUUGGUACCUCACCGUACCGGCUUGUCUAUGGAAAGGCAUGCCAUUUGCCCGUGGAGCUAGAGCACAAGGCCUUCUGGGCCCUUAAGCUGCUAAACUUGGAUGUUAGUGUUGCAGGUGUUGAGCGAAAAAUGCAGAUGUUGGAGCUGGAAGAGUGGCGUUAUCACGCCUAUGAGAACACCAAGCUGUACAAGGAGCGCACGAAGCGCCUACACGAUACACGGUUGUGGGGUCCGAAAGAGUUCCAGGUUGGUGAUCGAGUUCUCCUUUAUAACUCUCGCCUGAAGCUCUUUCCCGGAAAACUCCGUUCCCGGUGGUCUGGACCGUACACGGUCACACAGGUGUUCCCGUAUGGCACGAUUGAGAUUGCUAACCCGCAAACUGAGCCGUUUAAAGUGAAUGGCCAUCGUCUCAAGCUCUACCUGGGAGACGAGGUCGAACGUGCGGAGUUAGCAGUGGAGCUCGCGGACCCUUAGUUCCGCAAUUGGCGUCCAGCUAAAAGACGGUAAAGAAGCGCUUGUGGGGAGGCAACCCCACCACGGUUUGCAUUUCUACCUUUGUUUUUAUUCAUUUAUUUCAUCUUUGUCGGUUUUUGAGUCUGUCUGGAGUCAUUCUGGAAAGUUUUUCGUGCCUCGGGCGGUUCAUUUUGAUGUGUGAUUGGGUAAAUUUUAGAGCCGGGGCACGAAUGAAACUUGGUGGUUUGAGAUUGAAAAUUGAAAAAAAAGCAUUUUAGGCUCGGCAGUAAAAACACGGGCAGCAGGGGGUCAAAACACGGCCGUGCUUUGCCCUGACCCGCCCGUGUUUUGCCUUUUGGCCUCGGCAUAAAAAGCACGGGCACCG